CAGAGUUUGUUGCGAAACAUUUUUGAUCGGCAUGAAUUGGUGCGGUAUGAUGUAAAACAUGUUAUCUGCUCAGUUUGUGACACGGAGCAGCCUGUUGCUCGUGUUUGUACAAAUUGCGGUGUCAAUAUGGGAGAAUACUUCUGUGACGUGUGCAUAUUCUUUGAUGAUGAUCUUGACAAAGGACAGUUUCAUUGUGAUGAUUGUGGGAUCUGCAGAGUUGGCGGCGUUGAGAACUUCUUCCAUUGCAAGAAGUGUGGCUCUUGUUAUUCAGUUGCUUUGCGUAACAAUCAUUCGUGUGUAGAAAACUCCAUGCGACAUCACUGUCCUAUAUGUUACGAGUAUCUGUUUGACUCUUUGAAAGACACGACUGUUAUGAAAUGUGGACACACCAUGCAUUGUGAAUGUUACCAUGAGAUGAUAAAGCGUGACAAGUACUGCUGCCCAAUUUGCUCUAAAUCGAUCAUGGACAUGUCAGGAACGUGGAAGAGAAUAGAUGAAGAGGUAGGUUUUCAGUUAAUAUUUUUAACAGUCUUAAUUAUGAGUACAAAAUGUGCAUUUUUUCGCCUCCUCAAGCUACUCUGCAUAUCAAUAGUUGUUUUCUCAUCUUGCAAAUUAUGAUUUAUGGUUCAUAGCUAGUCACAAUACAAGAGGUUUUAAGUC